AUGUCCGUGACUGUCCAAGAUCCAUUGUUUGUCAAGACCCAUGAUGACGAUAAGGUCUCAUUGUCCAUUGAAGAUAGGGAAUUUUUGAGUAUUAUGGAUGAUCAGUUCAAGAAAAGGUCUGACGGUAGUUGGGAGGCUCCUUUACCUUUUCGUUCUCCUCGGGAUAAAUUACCCAACAACAAGGUUCAAGCAGUACAUAGGUCACAGACUUUGUUAAAGAGCUUUCAGAAAAAUCCUGUUAAGAAACAGCAUUUCUUUGAGUUUAUGGGACAGCUUUUAAGUAAAGGUCAUGCUGAACUUGCACCCAAGUUAGGUCAAGAUGAAGAAUGUUGGUAUUUGCCCAUAUUUGGCGUAUACCACCCACGCAAACCUAACCAAGUAAGAGUCGUGUUUGACUCAUCGGCUGUAUUCGAAGACAUUGAGCAGAUGUUUUAUUCGUUCAGUGUUGGAGAGAGCGACAGAAACUUGUUGCGGUUUCUUUGGUUUUUAGACAAUGACACAACCAAACCAUUAGUCGAAUACCGUAUGUGUAAGCAUGUCUUCGGUAAUAGUCCAUCACCAGCUAUUGCUACCUAUGGUCUUCGUAAAUCUGUAGAAAAUUCUGACGAAGAUGUUCGCGAAUUUGUAGAGAAAGACUUCUAUGUCGAUGGUGGUCUGUCUUCACAGGUCUCUGUAGAAAAAGCUGUUGAUUUGCUUAAAAGAACUCAAUCAGUUUUAGGCGAGAGUAAGUUACGCUUACACAAGUUUGUGUCAAAUGACCCAGAAAUGAUGAAAUGUUUCCCAGUAGAAGAGCUUGCCAAAGGUUUAAAGGAUCUGGAUCUUGAUUCUGACAAGUUACCAAGUCAGCGUAGUUUAGGUAUUGUCUGGAAUAUUGUAGAGGAUCAUUUCUUGUUCAAACCAAAUAGUGAGGUUCAACCCCUUACCAAGAGAGGUAUUCUGUCUACAAUAAACAGUAUUUUUGAUCCUCUGGGCUUUGUAUCUCCCAUAGUUCUUAAAGGUAGAUUUAUACUUAGAGAUUCAAUGUCUUUAAAGCUUGAUUGGGAUGAGCCUGUUCCCAAUAACAUCAGAGAAAAAUGGCAGAGUUGGCAGGAAAAUCUUAAAGAUCUGGAAAAACUUCAGGUUCCAAGAUGUUAUUUGACUGGGUCUUUAAGUGAAAUGGCUAGGGUUGAAAUACAUACCUUUUCAGAUGCAUCUGAGAAGGCUGUUUCUGCUGUAGUGUAUGUAGUUGGUUUCACUCAAGAAGGAAACAAACAUGUUGGUUUUGUUGCAGGUAAAAGCAAACUUGCUCCAGAAAAAGGUCACACAAUCCCUAGGUUAGAACUUUGUGCCGCAGUACUUGCUGUCGAGUUAUAUAGGUCCGUUUCUGAACAGCUACAAGUAGACUUAACUGAUGUAAGAUUUUACACUGACAGCAAGGUUGUUUUAGUAUAUUUGAACAACAGUUCUAGAAGGUUCUACACAUAUGUCAGUAAUCGGGUUCAGAAAAUAGUUUCUGUGUCUAGUCCAAAUCAGUGGAGUUAUGUCAGUUCUGAUAAGAAUCCGGCUGAUAUCGGUAGUAGAGGAGCUAGUGUUGCACAGUUGAUUGAUAGUUUGUGGUUAAGUGGACCUGAAUUCUUGUUGCGGAAUGUAGUUUUACCAGAGUACUUUCCUCUUGUAAAUCCCCAGAGUGAUAAGGAAAUCCGUAAAGAGGUAGUUGUUAGUGCUACUAAAGUAGUACACCAAAGAUCACUGAGCGACAGGUUUGAGCGGUUUUCAACUUGGCAAAGUUUAGUGAGAGCUAUAUCUACACUUAAACAUAUUGCUAGGUCAGUUCAAAGUAGACUUCCUUGUAAAGGUUGGCAUAUUUGUCCAAAAGACUUGGGCUCAUUACAAGAAGCUAGUUUAUACGUGUUACGUACAGUUCAAGGGGACAUUUACUCUAGUGAAAUAAAGGAUCUUUCGAGUGGUAAGAAUCUUAGUAGACAAAGUAGUAUCUUAUCUCUUGACCCUGUGUUUGGUGCUGAUGGGUUGUUACAUGUAGGUGGUAGGCUUAAUCGUGGUGAACUACCGGACAAAGAAAAAAGACCUAUUAUUGUCCCAGGAAAACACUCAGUAGCUAGAUUGCUUGUUAUACAUUACCAUAUGUCUGUAUAUCAUCAAGGUCGCCAUUUCACCGAGGGCGCUUUGAGGACUGCUGGUUUCUGGAUUACUGGAGCCAAACGAUUGGUUUCUUCUGUUAUUCAGAACUGUGUUACAUGUAGGAGGUUACGAGGUUCUUUUGCUAGUCAGAAAAUGUCGGACUUACCACUUGACCGGAUUCAGCAAGCUUCACCAUUUAGUUAUGUUGGAGUUGAUGUCUUUGGUCCUUGGCAAAUUGUCUCUAGACGUACUAGGGGUGGUCAGGCUUCAAGCAAACGUUGGGCAGUGUUAUUUACAUGUCUCACCAUUAGAGCUGUUCACAUAGAGAUCAUUGAAGACCUAUCUUCCUCAGCAUUUAUUAAUGCUCUUCGUAGGUUCACAUCCAUAAGGGGUAAGGUCAAGGUCUAUCGAUCGGAUUGUGGAACAAACUUUGUAGGGGCCAUUCAUAAUAUUCAAGCUGAGGCUAUUAAUGUUGAAGACACUACCAUGCAAAAUUAUUUGCAACGUUCAGGUUCUAUGUGGUUAUAG